AAACGAUUCAGCACGUGAUAUAAAAGAAUUUUGCAGACGGCAGCUUCACAAGAACUAGCUCUACCACUCUUGUAAAGGGCUGUUCGAGUCUUGGCAUAAACGUGAGGAGGUUGUCUUGGAAUUUUCGUAUUUUUUCACCUAAGUAACAUAUCAAAACCGUAACCAUGUCUACUGACUGGUCUCAAGAUCCCGACUUCCAGUACCUGGCCGUAGAUCACAAGAAAGUGAUGAGAGAGGCCAAACCAUUCGAUGGCAAGAAAGCAUGUUGGGUACCAGACGAGAAAGAGGGCUUUGUUAGAGCCGAUAUUCAGUCUACGAAAGGUGAAGAUGUCACCGUAAAACUGGAAAAGAACAAUGACGUGAAGACAUUCAAGAAGGAUGAUGUUCAGCAGGUCAAUCCACCCAAGUUCGAGAUGACAGAGGACAUGGCCAAUAUGACCUACCUGAACGAGGCUUCCGUCUUGCACAAUCUCAGAGCUCGUUACUUCUCGGGAUUCAUCUAUACGUACUCCGGCCUCUUCUGCGUGGCUGUGAACCCUUACCGCCGCCUGCCCAUUUACCUUGACUCAAUUAUCGCCAAGUACCGUGGCAAGAGGAAGCUGGAAAUGCCCCCUCAUUUGUUCUCCAUUGCCGACAACGCCUACCAGUACAUGUUGCAAGAUCGUGAGAACCAGUCCAUGUUGAUCACAGGUGAAAGUGGCGCUGGUAAAACAGAAAGUACGAAGAAAGUUAUCAAAUAUUUUGCCAUAGUUGCUGCCAAUAUCUACAAAAAGGGAGAGACAGCCAAAAUAGAUUCAAAAGCGCAAGACUCUCCCUAUGCCGGAAAUCUUGAAGAUCAAAUUAUUCAAGCCAACCCAGUGUUGGAAGCUUUUGGCAACGCCAAGACUAUCAGAAAUAACAACUCCUCAAGAUUUGGUAAAUUCAUCCGUAUCCACUUUGGACCUACUGGAAAAAUAGCCGGAGCUGAUAUUGAGACUUACUUGUUGGAGAAGUCCCGUGUGACCUUCCAGCAAUCUGCUGAGAGAAACUACCACAUCUUCUACCAGUUGCUCUCACCUGCCUUCCCAAAAUACCAUGAGAUUUGCUUGGUGUCAUCAGAUCCAGGCUUGUAUUCCUUCAUUAACCAGGGUGUGCUGACUGUCGACGGUAUCGAUGAUAACGAAGAAAUGCACAUCACUGAUGAAGCCUUUGAUAUUCUUGGAUUCACAAACGAAGAGAAGACAAGCAUGUUUAAAUGUACUUCAGCUAUCAUCCACUUUGGUGAGAUGAAAUUCAAGCAGAGACCGAGAGAAGAACAAGCCGAACCCGAUGGAACAGCAGAGGCUGAGAAGGUUGCAUUCUUGCUUGGAGUCAACGCCGGUGACUUGUUGAAGGGUCUCCUGAAACCCAAGAUAAAGGUCGGAAACGAGUUUGUAACCCAGGGUCGUAACAAGGAUCAAGUUGUGUACUCUGUAAGCGCUCUGGCCAAGUCUCUCUACGACCGUAUGUUUGCAUGGUUGGUCAAGAGAGUAAACAAGACCCUUGACACCAAGGCAAAGAGAAACUACUUUAUUGGUGUGUUGGAUAUUGCUGGUUUCGAGAUUUUUGACUUCAACAGUUUUGAGCAAUUGUGCAUCAACUACACCAAUGAAAGAUUACAGCAAUUCUUCAACCAUCACAUGUUCAUUCUUGAACAAGAAGAAUACAAGAAGGAAGGAAUUCAGUGGGAAUUCAUUGAUUUUGGUAUGGACUUACAAGCCUGUAUCGAUCUCAUUGAGAAGCCUAUGGGUAUCUUGUCCAUUCUUGAGGAAGAGUGCAUGUUCCCUAAGGCUUCGGACAAGACAUUUAUGGAGAAGUUGUACACUAACCAUCUUGGCAAGACUGCCAUCUUCAACAAACCCGUCAAAAGCAGGAAGGGUGGUGCUGAUGCCCACUUUGAACUUGGCCAUUACGCUGGAGCUGUACCAUACAACAUCAAUGGUUGGUUGGACAAGAACAAGGAUCCACUGAAUGAGACCGUGGUGGCUCUUCUAGAACAGUCUAAGGAAGCGCUUGUGUCAACUCUGUUUGCCCCUCCUGCAGCUGAUGCGGCCGCUUCUACAAAGAAAAAGAAGUCAUCUUCCUUUCAAACAAUUUCCGCAACGCAUAAGGAAUCUCUGAACAAGCUCAUGAAGAACUUGUAUACAACUCACCCUCACUUCGUGCGUUGUAUUAUUCCCAACGAGACAAAGACGCCAGGUGUGAUUGAUGCUCCACUUGUACUCAACCAGCUGAAAUGUAACGGUGUACUUGAAGGUAUCCGUAUCUGCAGAAAAGGCUUCCCCAACAGGAUUAUCUACUCAGAAUUCAAGCAGAGAUACUCAAUCCUGGCCCCUAACGCUAUUCCCCAAGGUUUUGUUGAUGGAAAGCAGGUCACUGACAAAAUAUUGACAGCACUUCAGAUGGACCCUAAUGAAUACCGUCUUGGAUCCACAAAAGUCUUCUUUAAAGCUGGUGUGCUUGGUAUGCUUGAAGACAUGCGUGAUGAACGUCUCUCAAAGAUUAUCUCCCUCUUCCAGGCUCAUAUUAGAGGUUACCUCAUGCGAAGACAAUACAAGAAACUUCAAGACCAGAGAAUUGGUUUAUCCGUUAUCCAAAGAAACAUCAGAAAGUGGAUGGUUCUCAGAAACUGGCAAUGGUGGAAACUUUACACCAAGGUCAAGCCCCUUCUCAACGUGGCUCGUGCCGAGGAUGAGAUGAGAAAGAAGGAAGAAGAGCUCGAGAAAACCAAGGCUGAAUUGGCAAAGGUCGAGAAAAUCAAGAAGGAAUUGGAAGAACAGAAUGUAACACUUCUCCAGCAGAAGAAUGACAUGUAUCUUCAGUUACAAGCUGAACAAGAUACAUUGAUUGAUGCUGAGGAAAAGAUCGAGCGACUUAUCCAACAGAAAGCUGACUUUGAACAGCAGCUGAAAGACCUGGAAGAAAGGCUCCUUGAUGAGGAAGAUGCCGCUGCUGAACUUGAAUCUGUUAAGAGGAAAAUGGAACAAGAGGCUGUAGAACUAAAGAAGGACAUUGAAGAUCUCGAAACAGCUCUUGCAAAGGCUGAAACUGAAAAGACCACAAAGGACAAUCAAAUCAAAACUUUACAAGAUGAAAUGGCACAGCAAGAUGAACAAAUUGCUAAGUUAUCAAAAGAAAAGAAAAACAUGGAUGAACAACAAAAGAGAACCGAGGAAGCUCUCCGUGCUGAAGAAGACAAGGUUAACAACCUCACAAGAAUCAAGGGAAAACUAGAGGCAACCCUUGACGAGCUUGAAGACAACCUUGAGCGUGAGAAGAAGGUCCGUGCUGAUGUUGAAAAGGCAAAGAGAAAGGUAGAGCAAGACCUUAAAUCCACACAGGAAACUGUUGAAGAUCUUGAACGUGUAAAGAGAGAUCUUGAAGAAAAUGUCAGGAGGAAGGACAUGGAGGUCAAGAACCUGAGCUCUAAACUUGAGGACGAACAGAGCCUUGUAGCAGCACUCCAAAGAAAGAUUAAGGAACUUCAGGCCCGCAUUGAGGAACUGGAAGAGGAACUCGAGGCCGAAAGAGCUGCCAGAGCAAAGGUUGAGAAACAGAGAGCUGAACUAAACCGUGAACUUGAAGAGCUGAGUGAACGUCUUGAUGAAGCUGGUGGUGCAACCUCAGCUCAGGUUGAGCUUAAUAAGAAACGUGAACAGGAACUUCUCAAGCUCAGACGUGACCUCGAGGAGCAGAGUCUUCAGCAUGAAGGUCAAAUCAGUGCACUCCGCAAGAAGGCCCAGGAUGCUAGUAAUGAAAUGGCUGACCAAAUUGACCAGCUACAGAAAAUGAAACAAAAAGUUGAUAAAGAAAAACAACAAUUCAAGGGAGAAAUUGAAGAUUUGCACGCACAAAUUGAACACAUUUCAAAGAACAGGGGUAUGUCAGAAAAGAUGUCCAAGCAAGUCCAAGCACAGAUAGACGAGCUGAAUGCUCGUCUUGAGGAAAGUGCGCGUACCAUUCAGGACCUCCAGGGCCAGAAAGCAAGAGUACAAAAUGAGAAUGUUGACCUUACCAGACAGCUUGAGGACUCUGAAAGCCGUGUGAACCAGCUCAACAAAGAACGCCAAGCCCUUCUUCAACAACUCGAGGAAGCCAAACGCAGCCUUGAGGAAGAAACAAGGGCUCGCCAAAAGAUGCAGAGCGAUAUCCGAAAUCUCACUUCAGACCUCGACUCCGCCAGAGAACAACUUGAGGAAGAAAUUGAAUCUAAGGGUGACAUGCAGAGGCAGUUGUCAAGAGCCAACGCUGAAGCUCAACAAUGGCGUGUUAAAUAUGAAAGCGAGGGUAUGUCCCGCGCUGAGGAACUCGAAGAAGCUAAACGUAAGCUUCAGGCCAAACUUCAAGAGGCUGAACAAGUUGCUGAAUCAGCAAACGCCAAGGUCAGUCAGCUUGAGAAGACAAAGAGCAGACUUUCUGGAGAACUCGAGGACCUUAUGAUCGAUGUAGACAGGGCUAAUGCUAAUGCCAACAAUCUAGAAAAGAAACAGCGAGGCUUCGACAAAACAAUUGCUGAAUGGGAAGCACGUGUCCGUGACCUCCAGACCGAGCUUGAGAAUGCACAGAAGGAAGCCCGAAGCUAUUCAGCUGAGUUGUACCGAACAAAGGCUCAGGCGGAGGAAGCAAAUGAUACCAUUGAUUCUCUGAAGAGAGAAAAUAAGAACUUAGCCGAUGAAAUCCACGAACUCACCGACCAGUUGUCAGAAGGAGGUAGAAGCGUCCAUGAAGUAGAAAAGGCACGUCGACGCCUUGAAAUGGAAAAGGAGGAAUUACAAGCAGCACUUGAAGAAGCAGAGUCCGCCCUUGAGCAAGAAGAGGCUAAAGUGUCGCGUGCUCAACUUGAAAUCGCUGCAAUUCGACAGGAGAUUGACAGAAGAAUUGCUGAGAAAGAAGAAGAAUUUGAAAACACAAGACGUAACCAUCAAAGGUCUAUGGAUUCUAUGAAUGCUAGUCUUGAAGCUGAAGCAAAGGGUAAGGCUGAAGCUCUUAGAAUUCGUAAGAAGCUUGAGCAAGACAUAAAUGAACUUGAAGUUGCCCUUGAUGGAGCAAAUCGUGGUAGAGUUGACAUGGAAAAGAACUGUAAGAGAUUACAAGAACAGGCCAGAGAACUCCAGAGCACCAUUGAAGAAGAGCAGCGUAACACACAAGAGGCUCGCGAAGCUUACAAUAUGGCUGAACGUCGUGUAGCUGUUGUCCAAGGUGAAUGCGAGGAAAUCCGAUCAGCUCUUGAAUCUGCCGAAAGAGGGCGAAAGGCGGCCGAAAAUGAACUCAUAGACACUAAUGAUCGCGUCAACGAACUGUCCGCUCAAGUGCAAUCUCUUGGAGGCCAGAAGAGAAAACUGGAAGGAGACAUUGCUGCCAUGCAAGGUGAUCUUGAGGAGAUGAACAACGAAGUAAGAGGUGCUGAUGAGAGAGCAAAGAAGUCUAUUGCUGAUGCAGCCCGUCUUGCUGAUGAGCUCCGCGCUGAACAAGAGCAUGGAUCACAGGUUGAGAAGAUGCGCAAAGCCCUUGAACAACAAAUCAAAGAGCUGACAGUUCGUCUUGAUGAAGCUGAAGCACAGGCUCUCAAGGGUGGAAAGAAGUUGAUUGCCAAGUUGGAAACAAGAGUACGUGAACUCGAAACUGAGUAUGACAAUGAGCAGAGGCGCCAUGCUGAGACGCAGAAAAACAUGCGCAAGGCUGACCGCCGCCUCAAAGAACUGGCCUUCCAAGCUGAUGAAGAUAGGAAGAACCAGGAGCGCUUACAGGAACUUAUUGACAAACUUCAGAAUAAGAUCAAAACAUACAAACGACAGGUCGAAGAGGCUGAGGAAGUUGCUGCCAUUAACCUCGCUAAAUACCGCAAGGUUCAGAAUGAAUUGGAGGACGCUGAGGAACGCGCUGAUUCCGCCGAGAACUCCCUGCAGAAACUGCGCGUGAAGAACCGCAGCUCUGUAUCCGCAUCACGCACAAGUGCUAGCCCUGCUGGUGGAACUUCCUCUAUUUCCAUCCGGGAGAGUCACCAAUUCUCAAGCAGUACACAUACCUCUCAUGCCGAAUAAACUGCUGGAAAUUUGUCACCAUACUAUAAAUCUACACCAACUAGGAGCUCACAUUUAGGACUUAAUACAUCUUAUCGUUCUGUUGCAUCGUCCAAUGGGGGUGAUGAUGAAGACUUUUAAGUAAACAAAUUAUACUUCAUCCUGUUUCUGUUCUAACUGCCAUAUUGGAAACGCUGUGUGUAUUUCCCGCUCAUACACUUAAUGCAUUUUUAUAUCGUGUGACUGUUUAGGUUAGAAUCUUUAAGUAAGACGUUUAUAGAGCUCUUUCAAUCUUCAAACUAGACAUUACAUUAAAAUUAUGCCAAGGCGAUCAAGACAACCUCGGAAGGUGAUAUAGACGUCUCUGUUUCUUGAUUUUUACCUGACGUCAUACACAUGGACGAUGAAAUCAGGUGUGACGAGUUGAUGCUGUUUUUUGUAUGUUUACGCGCUAUCUAUUAUGUAUUUAUAUACACAUAUAUAUAUAAACUAUUAGUUUGUUUUGCAACAGUGGGAGACGCUGUAGGAAUUCACACAUCACAUUGUUUGAUCUCUGAUGAGCGCUAUCCCCGGAGCUCUCAACAGGAUCAUGUAUGAUCCCUCAUUGGACUAUCAAAUAGCAACUUCUGUAACUACUUUAGUCUAAAACGUGUGGCGUUACUUAUUUAUUAUCACUGUCGAACAUUUACUAACAGUAAUUGUUAAGUAAAGAUAACUUUCUUCAAAAUAAAUUGCAUUAGAAUUGAA